CUCCGUCUCGGCUCCAUCACUACCUUACUAUUGUUCUAUUACUCCCUUUCUCCUCAUCUCCCCCUUUUACCGUCAUUUAAUCCACAAGUACCUACCUCUUUUUCUUCCCCCAACACAAACCACAAUGUCGCUCGCAUCUGGUGUCGCCGUUGCCGACGAAUGCGUCUCCACGUUCAACGAGUUCCGCAUGAGCGGUAACAAGCACGGCGAGAAGACCAAGUUCAUCAUCUUCAAGAUCACCGACGACAAGAAGCAGGUUGUCAUCGAUGAGACCUCGUCGGACCAGGACUACGAGGUGUUCCGUGGCAAGCUAGAAUCUGCCCGUGAUGCCAAGGGCAACCCUGCCCCCCGUUAUGCUGUCUACGACGUCGAGUAUGACCUGGGUGGUGGCGAAGGCAAGAGGAGCAAGAUCAUCUUCAUCUCUUGGGUCCCCAGCGAGACCCCCACUCUUUGGUCCAUGCUUUACGCCAGCAGCCGGGAGACGGUGAAGAACGCCCUCAACCUGUCCACUUCCAUCCACGCCGACGACAAGAGCGAUAUCGAGUGGAAGACCGUUCUGGCUGAAGCCAGCGGUGGCAAGGCUGGCAAAUAAAUGACGCCCGCUGGCUGGGUCCGGACUCGGUGAUCUUUGUGUGUACGCGCUGGUUCCUGCAUGGCAUCACUCCCCGCCGGUCCCCAGCUUGAGAGGUUGCCACGGAACAACCGAUUCAUUCACGUUCUCUGCACACAUUUAGUUCAAUAUGAGAUCUUUACGACUUUGACUGCUUUGAUAGUGACCGUGUCAUCCUUGCUGUUGGCGAUCGUGGCACUUUCCGUGAACGAGCGUUAGGGAGGGGGUUGUUUUCCUUUGGUCAGCGUUUGCCUGUACAGAAUACUGCCACCUGGUAUGGGGUGUGAUUUCAGCGGAUCGGUGUAGAGUUCAAUACACAACUUCACCUCGUUAGA